AUGGUAAGAGACAGGGAGGGAGGAUACGUCCCAGACUAUGGUAAGAGACAGGGAGGGGAGGAUACAUCCCAGACUAUGGUAAGAGACAGGGAGGGGAGGAUACGUCCCAGACUAUGGUAACAUACAGAGAGGGAGGAAGGAUACGUCCCAGACUAUGGUAACAGACAGGGAGGGGAGGAUACGUCCCAGACUAUGGUAACAGACAGGGAGGGGAGGAAGGAUACGUCCCAGACUAUGGUAAGAGACAGGGAGGGGAGGAUAAGUCCCAGACUAUGGUAAGAGACAGGGAGGGGAGGAUACGUCCCAGACUAUGGUAAGAAGACAGGGAGGGGAGGAUACGUCCCAGACUAUGGUAACAGACAGGGUGGGGGAGGAUACGUCCCAGACUAUGGUAAGAGACAGGGAGGGGAGGAUACGUCCCAGACUAUGGUAACAGACAGGGAGGGGAGGAUACAUCCCAGACUAUGGUAACAGACAGGGUGGGGGAGGAUACGUCCCAGACUAUGGUAAGAGACAGGGAGGGGAGGAUACGUCUCAGACUAUGGUAACAGACAGGGAGGGGAGGAUACGUCCCAGACUAUGGUAAGAGACAGGGAGGGGAGGAUACGUCCCAGACUAUGGUAAGAGACAGGGAGGGGAGGAAUACGUCCCAGACUAUGGUAAGAGACAGGGAGGGGAGGAUACGUCCCAGACUAUGGUAACAGACAGAGAGGGGAGGAUACGUCCCAGACUAUGGUAACAGACAGAGAGGGGAGGAUACGUCCCAGACUAUGGUAACAGACAGAGAGGGGAGGAUAUGUCCCAGACUAUGGUAACAGACAGGGAGGGGAGGAUACGUCCCAGACUAAUGGUAAGAGACAGGGAGGGGAGGAUACGUCCCAGACUAUGGUAACAGACAGAGAGGGGAGGAUACGUCCCAGACUAUGA